AUUCUAUUUAUUGCCCUCCCUUUCCCCUUCCUAUUCCAAAUCCAAAUCCCUCUUUCACCUUCACUUGAUUUUCUCCUUCUCUUUUGAAUCUUUUUAAACCCUAAACACUUUCCUCUUCUUCUUCUGUUAAUGGCGUCCGUUGCUACUGCUGGAUUCAUUGCCCGGAGUGGUUCUUCCUCUUCUUCGUCGUGGAUUCGCCAUAGGAAUCGACCGAAGAAGGAUCAGAGUUCAACAAAUCAACUUAGGGUUUCUUGUUCUUCUUCUUCUUCUUCUCCUUCAUCGGUUGUUGAUCCUUAUCGGACUCUUCGGAUUCAACCUGGAGCCUCUGAAUCUGAAGUCAAAAAGGCCUUCCGUCAUCUCGCUCUUCAGUAUCAUCCUGACGUUUGCAGAGGAAGUAAUUGUGGUGUGCAGUUUCAUCAAAUCAACGAAGCUUACGAUAUUGUGAUGAAUAACUUAAGAGGAAUAUCGACACCAAUUGAAACAUAUGAGACAUAUGAUGAAGGGGUGGAUGAACCGAUGAGAGGAAUGGAGGAUCCGGAUUGGGAUUUAUGGGAAGAAUGGAUGGGAUGGGAAGGAGCAGGAAUUCGUGAUUAUUCCUCUCAUAUUAAUCCAUACAUUUAAAACCAAAAAUUAUAAGUUAUUGUGAAUUGUUAAUAGAAUUGGUCCUUAAUCUAUCAACAUCAACGUCAACCAAUGGUUGCAGUGGUUUGAUUUGGUUCGAUUUGGUUUGUAUAUAUGGUGGGAAAAGAGGGGGAAUUGAAAAUUGAUAUUCAUUAAUGUACACCCUUUUUUUUCAAGUGUUUGUACAUAUGGUCAAGACAAGGCCUUUGGGUUUUUAAUAAUAUGAAAAGGCUUUCAAGAUGCCCUAUCGAAGUUGUGGUGGGACAUUUGUGUU